UUUAACAACUAGCACUCACCUGUUUGAGCUGCUGAGCUGAACACUGCUUGCUCUGCAACUCCUGCAUGCCAGCCCGCGCAGCCCGCGUUAUCGCGCAUGAAGAGGAGGAUGAGGAUGUAGAAUCUAGCAGCAGCGAGGAGUUGGAGGAGGAGCAAAUUGAUCAGGAGGAUGAUCAGGAAGAAGGCGCGAGCGACGAUGAGGAGGAAGCCGAUGCCGCUGCGCCUAAGGAACAUGCUCCUUCAAGCCAAGCAACAACUUCUCGUCAAAAGCCAGCGGCGGGCCGCUUAACAUUAUCCCUUAGUGGCAAGAAUGACGUCUGCAAGGUGUGCGGCAAGCGCGGUCACAAGGCGGGGUUCGUGGGCGCCACCUACCUGGACUGCCCCAACCGUCCCUGCUACCUGUGCAAGCAAGUGGGCCACACCACCGCCACCUGCCCCCACCGGAUCCUGCCAGGGCAUGGCGGCACCUCCUCCUCGGCAGCAGCGGCAGGGGGAGCGACCCAUGGGGCGGCCGACCGAGGCGGCCUGCUGAGGGCGAUACACCACCGGGAAUGCGCCCCCGCCAGCCGGUGACCCCCCGGCGCCCCCACGUGCCGCGGUACCAGGUGGACGCGGCCAUACUCAAGCUGCACACUAGGAGGUGCUGCACCCUGGAGUUCCACCCGCACCACGACAGCAUCGUGGUCAGCGGCGACAAGAAGGGCGCGCUGGCGGUCUGGAACUUCGAUGCCGUACACGACCGCACCGUGUACGACACCGUACACAGCUGCCUGGCCAAUGCCGUACGCUUCCUGCCCUGGCUGGACUCCCUGACCGCCGUGAGCGCCUCCUCCGACGGCACCGCCAAGCUGGUGGACCUGGAGACGGGGGACUGGCGCCCGCUGCUGGACCUCAACCCGGGGGGCUGGGUGCAGGGCGGCCCCUGGCACAUGAUCUACGGCUGCGACGCCUCCCCCGCCCUGGGCACCGUCCUGGUGGGCGACAGCAACGGCUGCGUGCACCUGCUGGACCCACGGACCCGCGGGUCGGUCGCCUCGCUGCAGCUGCACCGUCGGGGCAACAAGGUGGUGUCGGUGCACCUGCACCCGCUGCACCCCUCCCUGGUGCUGACGGCGGGGAACGACCACUCGGCGCGCAUAUUCGACAUACGCGAGCUAUCGUCGGCGCCGUCAGCGAAU